AUGGCGCUAUCAGAUGCUGAGAAGGCGGCUUUGGAGCCCUUGUUUGUGAAGAUUGACGCUGACGCUGAGAAGAUUGGAUGUGAAGCCAUGGAGAGUCUCUUCCAGCACCAUCCAGACACCAAGUCCCACUUCACUCAUAUGGAUGUGACCCCUGGCAGUCAGGAUCUGAAGACACAUGGAGGGAAGAUCAUCCACGCCAUUAAUGAUGCCCUCAACCACUAUGGAAAUCUGCAGGAGAACUUGGCCACACUGCGGGAGAUGCACACCAACAAACUGAAGCUCAGUGUGGACACCAUCAAGCUGCUGUGUGGUUGUCUCCUGGAGGUCAUCGUCAAACAUUUCCCAGAUGUGGACAAGUCGGCCUGUGACAAGUUCCUCAAUGAGGUUGCUGUUGCCCUGAUCUCCAGCUGA